AUGUCAAGUCUACCCCCACCGACCAAUGAUCAAGCAUUUUGCACUGUAUCCGCCUUGGAAUCAGGACAUCUGAAUCUUCCAUUGCCAAUUUUUCUUGAUAAUGCAGCUCCAGGGUCUGCUAUUGUAGCCCCAUCUCUCAGCUUCUUGCUACGCCAUUCUAAAACCGACAAAACGUUAUUAUUCGACUUGGGCAUUCGCAAAGAUAUUGAGAAUGCUCCACCUUCUGCUCAGAAAUGGAUCAUAGCUGCAUCCUUUCACACAACUGUCCCCCAAGACGUGUCGGAAUCUCUGAUUCAAGGUGGCUUAUCACCAGCAGAUGUAGACACCGUCUGCAUAUCCCAUUGUCACUGGGACCAUACCGGAGAUACGCGGCCAUUCGUGAAGAGCGAAUUCAUAGUUGGUGCUGGGUCAGAAUCCCUUUUCAGGCCUGGCUAUCCUGAGGAUCCAGAGUCUCCAUAUUCCAGUGAUUUACUUCCUAAAGGAAGAACUCGUUUUGUUGAACUCGGGGAACAGCCUUCUCUUGGUCCCUUCCCUCAUGCUCUCGAUCUCUAUUCCGACGGCAGUCUCUAUAUUGUGGAUGCUGCUGGUCACCUACCCGGGCAUGUCAUAUUAGUUGCUCGAACUUCCGCAGAUGGCGGAUGGAUACUCUUGGGAGGAGACAGUGCUCAUCAUUGGAACUUGAUCAAUGGAGAAUCAGGAAUUGCCAGUGGUCGGCCAGGCUUCCCUAGUGGUUGCGCUCAUUUGGACAAGGAAGCAGUGGAGUUGACCAUUCAGCGAAUUCGGGAGUUUUGGAAGCUACCUCGCACCAGAGUACUCUUGGCACACGAUGAGUCCUGGUACAGGGAAAACAAAGGUACCGCUGCAUUUUGGCCUGGAUGCAUUGAAUCGAAAUGA